GGAAGCCAGUGGAGGGAUUGGCAGAGAGGGGUGGAGGACACUGAAUGGAGGCCAGUGGAGGGAUUGGCAGAGAGGAGUGGAGGACACUGAAUGGAGGCCAGUGGAGGGAUUGGCAGAGAGGAGUGGAGGACACUGAAUGGAGGCCAGUGGAGGGAUUGGCAGAGAGGAGUGGAGGCCAGUGGAGGGAUUGGCAGAGAGGGAUGGAGGCCAGUGGAGGGAUUGGCAGAGUGGGUGGAGGCCAGUGGAGGGAUUGGCAGAGAGGGGUGGCAGAUACAGAAUGGUUAUCAGGGGAGGGGCCACGGGCUGGGGGGGAUACUAAGAGCUCAGUUUUGGAAAGAUUGAGUUUGAGGAAGUGGAGUGACAUCCAUGCCGAUAUGUCACUUAGUAGGAUAGUAAUGCGAGAGGAGACUGAAGGGGUGAGGUGAGGAGGAGACUGAAGGGGUGAGGUGAGGAGGAGACUGAAGGGGUGAGGUGAGGAGGAGACUG